CAGCCAGCAGCAGUCUCCUGCAGACGCGCGCUCGACCGGUCGGGCUUCGGUAAAAACCGUCAAAGCAGAUGUAAUACACAGUUAUAGCUCUGAUCAUUAGUAUUAAUGAGAGAGAAGGUUAAUACACCUUAACAAAGUGAUGGUAAAUUAUGUGAUUUCUUUUUGUCAAUUUGAGGUGCGAUAGAUUGCGGAAAUGACUUUUAUGGCCAAUAAUAGUUGUAAUAAAAAUAGGGAGAGUGAUGUGCAUUUAGAGAAUAGGACUAUUAAACAUGCAUGGCCUAACGAAGUGUCCACUAGACUGAAGGGAGAGGGCCCUGGCCGCAAACUCCUCUGCCCCUCGCCCAUAUCUCGAUUGCGAGUGGAAAAAAUCGAAGGGGGCCUCAUGGUUGCUGGGGUUGUUGUAGCGGCGAACUGUCAAAUUAUCCUACCUAUUUUCGGAUUUUUGUUUUUGCUGGUGGGAUGCGUUUUAACUGCCGCAUCCUAUAGAGGCCCUGGAGAAGACGAAGAACCGGACCACUAUGCCGAACGCAUCGCGUUCACAGGAAAUUCGCGUAUAUUGGGGCCCGCUUGUAUGGUCGUAGGGUUCCUUAUGCUCAUCGCAAGUUGCGUCUUAUGUAUUUUAACACGCCGGGCACGACGAAGGGAACAAACUGUCGGAUUCCAUUGUCCGUUACACGGCGAUUUUUACCCUCUCAGCCCUGUGACAAGCUCAAAAACAUUAGAGAUAAUAGAAAGAAAUGGUAAAUGUACCCUCUGUUGGCCAAGAAAGAGGGGACCAGGGGCAAUUGCUGUCGGGCCUCCUCAAUGUCCCCACAGUCAAGUGUCAAGUACCAGGAGCUCAAUAGCUAGCUCACCGCAUAGCCAGUGCCCCACGCCGUUACCGUUUUUGGUUAACACCGGACCACCUCUUGUGGCACUUACGGUCGUCUCAACGGCACAACAAUCUCCAGUAGAACAAACGUUUGGUUCUAUUCGCUCACUAACAGUAGGUCGUGAGGUGGCCAGCUUUCCUAUGUCUAGGACACCAACACCUCCCCUAACAUUUGAAAGAUCUCAAAAUAUGGUUAACGUUCCAGACCAGCAACGGCUUGUCGAUUCGCAAUUCGAAACUGUUCCAGUGCAUAGAGAAGGGCCCAGGAAAUCAGUAUCGAUCGUGCUACCCACAGAAGAAAAAGGAUGACCAGCAAAAUUGUAGUUUUAGAAUUAGGAGCUAGGAGUAACCCCACCAUUGAUUCAUUUAUUAUUCAUCCCAACCCAAAACAUCUCAUAUAUCAGAUUCAUUACCUUCAAAUUUUUACAGUAGUUUUGGUACAGCUUAGAUAAAAGUAAGACUUUGGAAAAUGUUGAUAAAAGAGGAAUUUGCAUGUUCUCAAGUCUGGUAAGAAAAAAUUAGUGAAGGAAUCGGCAUGAGGUUCAGUUCUAUUUUUUUCAUUCAUAUGAAUUCUUGAUAAAUUGAACAGUAAAGUUGGUAUCUCUCUAUAAAAUUUCAAGCUGUAUCAAUAUUUCCUUGUGAUGUGCAAAAUUGCAGCAAAAAGACAGUGUUUAUUAAUUAUUAUUAAGUUGAAACUUCAAUAAUGUAAUUUUGAGUGAUCGAUGAGAUAUUAUUUUAUAGGCGUCGUCUAUAAAUUAAGUGGUUUAGACUGAAAGUUUACAUUAUAGUAAAUAUUUAUAAUAGGUAAGGUAACUAAAUAUGGUAAUUUAUUGUUAGUCCCCGUUUAUAUCACUUAGGUACAAGAUAAUUUUGGGUAGAUGGCUCAUUUUGAACCGAAAGUACGUAAGCGUUUAUACAAAUCAAAAUAAUCAAGAAUGUGGCAAGUUAUUGCAGCUACUUUUCCAAUACUAAUUUAGAAAGCUUGAUGUGUAUAUGGAGUUUUUCUGAAACAAAAAUCAUCAUAGGCGUUAAUAGUAAGGAGAAAUAUUCGAAGCUUGUGAUCAAUUUGAUAAGGUGAUUAACCAAUUUCCGCAAUUCGCAUCAGUCUAGGACUGAGCUUUAUAUAAAAACAAUAUCUACCAUUUUUUUUGACACUCCAUCUCCAUAUACAGAUUCAAUUUUUUAGCACUUUACAGAAGUUGCACUUUUUUCUUAAAUCAUUUCCACAAUUCUAUUGGAAAAAACAUAGGGUUGUAACUUGAUAAUGAGCAAGAUGAAACACAUUCAGCCAAAUGGUAUUUUGAGGAUAUGUGUUUUGAAUUAUAGUGUAAAGAUCUCUUUUUCAAAGUCAAAUAUAUUAAGAUAAAAGUUAUUUAUUUUUGACUCUAAAACAUAGCUCUUUGACUGGAUUUAUUUUAUAGGUAUGUUUCAACAAAAAUCACCCAAUAAUAAGUGUAAUUUGUUGUAAUAUACCUAAGUUUGUUUAUACAAAGUGUCACACAAUACUACAUAUUAUUGUAGUAUAUAAUUAUGUAUUUUAUCAAGCAAGACACUAUGCAGUGACACCCAGUAUAACUACAAAAUGAAAGACUUAUGUAUAUUGUGAUUUUAUAUUUAAAUAAUGAGUUUUUAUUUAAAUUAAAUAUGAAUAAUAGAUUAAUUGGUAGCUAAUUUAAUUGCAUAUAAUCUCAAAUCAAAUUCUCAAAAAUAUAGUUAAUUAGUUGUUACUUGAAUUAAGAGCAUUGUAAGUUAAUAACAUACGUAAUAUUUU